GCUCAUCAGCCCCUUCCGUGUCUAGGACCAUCAGCAGGGACACCUUGCUGAAGCUGCUGGACCUCAUUCGCCAGCUGGGGCCACUGGACACCUGGUUCUAUUUCCUGAAGGCAGUCUGCGCCCCACUCCAGACCGCGCUGCCGAUCAUGCAGCAGACGGUGCUGAGGUGCUUGGUCUUCGCUGGCCACCGCACCCCGGUCGAGGAGACCCGCGUUGCAGAGCGCAACAGGUCCGAGCUGCUAAUUUCGGUGGCGCCGGGUCCGCCUAUCGGACUGCCACUAGGACAAGCCUCCUCCAAGCACAUCGCCCCCCUGGAGAAGGUCUUCGGAUACCAGCUGCUUACAGAGGGCAUCUCCGAUAUACUCAUCGCAUGGACUUACCCGAACAAUUGGGUCGCCGGGCAAGGCGUCUUGUACCACGGGCCAGAGGCGCUUGGCCUCAAGGUCGUCGAAUUUCGGGGUGGCCGAGCUUGGGUGUCCUUGAGCAACCUUGCGUGGGUAUUGCAACCACAGCAGUGCUGUGAGCUCGCCACCGGCAUUUCCUGGGAUGAGCCCGAUCUGCAGUUAGCUUCCUGUGAGGAGAUGCAGCGACAGGAACAGUCUCUCUUGGAGGAAUCCAAAUGGAACACCAACGACGGGCAAGGCGCCGGGAGCCAGUCGCGGCUACAACGGUUGAAGACCCUCGCGAAAUAUUUUCUCGCGCAGCUACAGCUUCUGGACGACAUGGUAAAGGAGAAGAACUGCAUCGGAUCCUAG